GCCGGCCCUUCUUAGGACAUGUGUUCAAGCUUCUGUUAAACAGCCAGGUGUAACACCUUCUUGGCCAGGUGUUGAGUUUCAAGAACAUUUGCUCGAGGGUGUAUAAUAUAUAUGUUUUGGUGGAGACAAAGAUGAGGGAUAAGGUAAAACGAUGUCGGGAGCGCAAGGAGCAGAGCCGAUGGGAUCGAAGACGCCAACGACGUACGAGUCGGUGGAAGGAGGACAGAACAAGACAAAGCUGGAUAUAAGGUCAAAGGAAGAUGAAGGUGGAAUCCAAGUUGAUAAGAUUCAAGACAAGGUUAAGGAUGCUGCUGGUCUAGGAGGUCCCGUCUUUGGAGCUGGUAAGGAUGACAAGAAGCAGGAUCUUGGUGUUACCGGCACUGGCUAAAUCGCUGUGUUCUAUAAUGUAAAGUAUGCGUUU